CUCCAUUGGUGGCAUAACAGUGUGCUGGUGCUGUGAGUCAUCUGAUGGCAUCUUCAUCCCAAGCUCUCCUGACUGGGCUCCUUUGGGAGCUGUCCAUUGAUGGCUUGUCAGUGUCCUAUGAGUGAUUUGAUGGCAUGGCCAUUCCAAGCUCUUCUGACUGGGCUCCUUUGCAAUUUGCAAUUUGGUGGUAUGUCAGUGUUCUGGCCUCAGCCUCACCAAUCCCUUAUCCCCAGAUGGUCUAGUGUGGUACACACUGCUUUGCAUUGUGGGUCACUUCGGUUGAAUUCUGCCCAGUCUUGUCCCUGGUUUGCCCUGUCCCAGUCUCCAUUACCUUAGUCAUACCUUACUAAUACUUGUCUUACCAAUCAUCUUAGCAAUCUUUGUGAGACCAGCAUUACUGGUCUCUGUACUAUAGCUACUUCUAGUAUAUAAACUCUUAGAUACUUGGCCUUUAUCCCCUCAGUCUGAAAUCAACUAAGUUACUCUGA